CAGCAGGAGCUGUUGAUUAUGCCAAGAAAGGAUGCGAUGAUACAUGCGGAGGCGUGACGAUUCCAUACCCUUUUGGAAUCGGUGCAAAUUGUUCCGUCAAUCAGUGGUACGCUAUUGAUUGCAACUCUUCUACACCUUAUCUCUCUGCUUUCAACAACAUGGAGGUUGUGAAUGUACGCUUGGAAGACCAAACGAUCAUUGUUAACGUCUCAGUAAUCUCUCGUUGCCGGAAUUCAGUCGGGAAUAGCAAUCACAUCCCAAGCAUCGACCUUGGUAUGAGCCCCUUUGUAUUUUCUGGAUCACAUAACAAAUUCAUUGCUAAGGGUUGUGGUUAUGCUGCUAUCUUGAGUGAUGGAAAAGUAAUCACUGGAUGUUCAACUAUUUGCACUAAUGACAGUGCUCUCAAUGGAAGAGAUGGUUGUUUUGGCCUCGGUUGUUGUGCAACUACAUCUCCCUACGAUUUAAAGUCGUAUAGUGUGGAUCUUACUGGCUUGAAAAGGCAGGGUGAAGAUGGAGCUUGUGGGUACGCCUACUUUGGCAUUGGAGCUUGGUUAUCUUUUAAUGGGAACACCACGUUUUUUGCUAUUACACUUAAGUGGGUGCUAACAGACGACGACUUCCAGGAAAUACCAAAUUGUUGGCAACGAAUGAGUGAAGAACCAUCUUACCUUUUUUUACCUAACCGUAGUUCCAUUGCUCAAAGAAAGUGCUCUUGUGGUAUUGCCCGUGUAGGAAACCCGUAUCUGUACUAUCAAUGCGAAGAAUCUGAAUAUUGUAGAACAUGUCGUGAGUCUGGGGCGACUUGUCAAUACAAACAAGCAUAUCCGGAUGAAAUUGAUAGUACCUGGUUGUUAAGUUGCAACUCUACGGUAUAUUAUACUUCAAUUUACAGAAACAACAAAUCACCACUUGGAAUUAUUCUAGGGGUUAGUAUAUGCAUGGGGUUGCUUUUUCUAGCAAAGUUCAUCUAUGAAAUGCACAAACUAAUCAAGAAAACCAUAGCCAAGAGAAAGAAAGAAAAGUUUUUUAAACGCAAUGGUGGCUUACUUCUUAAACAAGAAGCAACUAAAGAGGGUUUAGUUGAUAAAACCAUACUUUUCACCUCCGAGGAGUUGGAAACGGCCACCGACCAUUUUAACGAGAAUAGAAUCCUUGGGCGAGGAGGUCAAGGUACGGUGUAUAAAGGCAUGCUGGCGGAUGGAAGGAUUGUAGCAGUUAAGAAAGCAAAGAUUGUUGACGAAAGCCAGUUAGAGGUAUUCAUCAAUGAGGUUGUGAUUCUGGCACAAGUCAAUCAUAGGAAUGUGGUCCAGCUAUUGGGAUGUUGCCUAGAGACUGAGGUUCCUCUACUUGUCUCUGAGUUCGUUCCAAAAGGCACCUUAUAUGAUUAUAUUCAAGAUGAUACCGGUGAGUUACCAUUCUCUUUGAACAUGAGAUUGCAAAUUGCUGUUGAGGUUGCUGGAGCCGUUUCUUAUUUACAUUCAGAGACCCCCAUUCCAAUAUAUCACAGGGACAUCAAGACCACUAAUAUACUUUUGGAUGAGAAGUAUAGAGCCAAGGUUUCAGAUUUUGGAACAUCAAGGUUGGUAUCAGUUGAUCAAACUCACUUAACUACCUUAGUCAAAGGGACUUUUGGUUACUUUGAUCCAGAGUACUUCCAGUCGAGUCAGUUCACCGAGAAAAGCGACGUGUAUAGUUUUGGAGUUGUUUUGCUCGAACUUUUUACAAGAGAGAAGCCAAUUUCCUUAACUAGAUUUGGCGAACACAGAAAUUUAGCUACACACUUUAUGUUUGCUAUGGAAGAAGGUCGUGUGAUGUCUAUAUUUGACCCAGUGGUUGUACACGAGGAUUCAAAGGGUGUGGUCUUGGAAAUUGCCAACUUGGCAAUGCGAUGUUUGAAUUCCAACGGGAAACAUAGGCCAACAAUGAAAGAAGUAGCAAUGGAGUUAGAAGGCAUGAGAAUGUCACAAGUGCCUGCUACAGUUCAAACUAGUUUUGGACACACUAAUCAUUGUGAAGAUAUACCAAUGUUUACAGAUGACGAGUCAACACCAACAACAGUGAGUUUCUAAGACAGCAACGAUGAGAAACUGGACACAUUAUGUUUUUAGUUAUUAAGUCUUGAUUUCUCCAAGUGUUAUGUUUUUUUAUAACAAGUUGUAUGUAAAGGCUAAAGGAUAUAUUCAUAUUCUUCUCUGCCAUUCUGUGGUUAACACUUAAGCUCUGUUUUCAACUAUAAAAGUUUCAUGUAUUACCCAA